AUGGGAAACAGACGAAGCAAACGUGCCCCUCCUGUGCCUCCUCCUGAUAUUCCUCCUCCGGCUUUUAUUGAGCCAUUUCCAACAGAUAAUUUUACUUCUACAACUAUUCGUCGACGACGCCGAUAUCGACAAAAGCCACUUCCUCCUAAAAUCCGUGCCAUCUUUAUACCUCAAGCUUCCCCUGUUGGCAUGUGCGCUUUACCAAUGGCUGUUGCAACACCAGUAGCAUGCCCCUGCGCUAAUUUCGGAUGUUCAGAAAUAUUUUGUGGAAAUCAUGCUAAUGAACAUCGAGACAUGCUUAGUGAUCAAUUAGAUAUAAUUGUUCUUGAACAUGAUGUUCUAGAACAAACAAUUACUGAUCACAGCAAUCACGCGAAGAAUCAUCAUUUUCUUCUUACGCAAAUCAACAAAUGGGAACAAGAUCCGAUUAUAAAAAUUCAACAAGCAGUAGAAAAAACACGACAACAGAUCAAAAAAUUGAUUUGUUCACAUACAGGAAAAGUAUUGAAAGAGUUGUAUGAUCUUUCUGAACAAUUACGAAAAGCUCAUAUUGAUAAUGACCAUGUUGAAAAUGAUCUUUGUGCAUGGACAACUAUGUUAGAAAAAAUAAACUUGAUCUAA